CAGCUAAAACCAACACGUUUAUUUUAACCCAAAAAUAUGGAGCUCUUCGGAACAGUAAUUUUAGCAGCUAUCGUACUGGGUUUGCUGUUUUUCUCUUUCUCUAAGAGAGACACGAUUCGUUACAGUAACAUGCCGCCAGGUCCGACUCCCUUGCCGAUAAUAGGGAACCUGUUGCAGAUGAACGGUGGGAGACCGCAUCUGAGCUUCUUAAAGAUGAGCAAAACGUACGGCCCCGUGAUGACGGUUCACCUUGGUCAGCAGCCCGUGGUGGUUCUGGUCGGGUUCGAGGCGGUCCAUGAAGCGCUCGUGAAACAAGCGGACGCAUUCUCUGGCAGAGCUGAAAUCCCGGUAUUCAUGAAGGUCAACGAGGGAUACGGAAUAAUUUUCACUAACGGGGAGCGCUGGAAACAGCUCCGCCGUUUUUCUCUGUCCACAUUCAGGGAUUUUGGGAUGGGGAAGAGGAGCAUUGAGGAGUGGAUCCAGGAGGAAGCUCGACAUCUUGUAAAGGAAGUUAGAAAAAACAAAGGACACCCCUUUGAUCCCACUUUCUUCUUGAGUCGUGCUGUGUCUAACAUCAUCUGCUGCAUCAUAUUUGGGCAGAGAUUUGAAUACCACGAUGACAACUUACUUCACCUCCUGUCCCUACUCAACACAAAUGUGCGAUUAAUCAGCAACCCUUUCACUCAGCUGUACAACAUUUUCCCAAGCCUCAUAAAAAUCAUGCCAGGCGUUUAUAAUAAGAUUUCGAAUAAUGCAAAGCAGCUGAAGCAAUUUGUCUCAGAGCAAAUUGAGAAGCACAGAGAGACACUGAUGGCUGACAGCCCUCGUGAUUACAUCGACAACUUUCUUAUCAGAAUGAAGCAGGAAAGUGGAAAUCCUUUCACAGAAUUUAAUGGAAACAACUUGUUGAUCAAUGUUGCCAAUUUCUUUUCUGCUGGAACUGAGACAACCAGCACCACUCUACGUUAUGGACUCCUAAUCCUCAUCAAAUAUCCUAACCUUCAGGAAAAGAUUCAUCAAGAGAUUGACUCUGUAAUAGGCAGGGAACGCCCUCCUUCAGUGGAAGAUCGCAAAAAUAUGCCUUUUACGGAAGCCAUGAUCCAUGAAAUCCAAAGGUUUAUCGAUCUCGUCCCCUUGAAUCUUGCCCAUUCAACCACAAGAGAUGUAAUCUUCAGGGGAUACAAUAUCCCAGCGAAGACAGUGGUGAUCCCUGUGCUCCAUUCAGUGCUGUUUGAUAAAACACAUUGGGAAACUCCUUAUACCUUCAAUCCAAGACAUUUCUUAGAUGAGAAUGAUCAGUUUAAAAUAAACCCAGCCUUUAUGCCAUUCUCAGCAGGAAAACGAAUUUGUGCCGGUGAAGGUCUGGCCCGUAUGGAAAUCUUCUUGUUUUUUGUGACCCUCCUACAGAAUUUUUCUUUCUCAUCAUUAGAUGACUCUGAAAAAAUCAACCUUAGUCCAUACGCCAGCUCACUUGUAAAUGUACCCCAAGUAUACAAACUUAAUGUCCAUGCACGUUAGGAAGAAAAGGUCAUUAAAAUGUAAACAUUUAUGAAUGAGGUCAAAGAGCAGCUUUGGUUGAACUAAAUUAUUUAGAAUAGUUUGGGUGAUUAUAUUUGUCAAACAGCCUAAAAAUUGCAUACAGGACCUUCUUGGUUAAUGUCUAAUCAAUGUGAUUGUGGAUUUCCCCUCAGGGUCAAUUAAAAUCUAUCUAUCUAUCUAUCUAUCUAUCUAUCUAUCUAUCUAUCUAUCUAUCUAUCUAUCUAUCUAUCUAUCUAUCUAUCUAUCUAUCUAUCUAUCUAUCUAUCUAUCUAUCUAUCUAUCUAUCUAUCUAUCUAUCUAUCUAUCUAUCUAUCUAUCAUAAAGUGACUUUCCAUUCUCUCAAUUUCUACUUUUUUUUUCUUUUAAAAUCAAAAACAUCAGAGUUCGUUUCAUGUAAUCCAUGUUAGUGCUCUGAUCGUUGGAUUUCUAGUUAUGUUAUUUUAUCUUUUCUCAUUAAACAUAAUGUCAUCUGCAUCUAUUGUGUUUUCUUGUAUUGUGAAGGAGUUAAAUGCCUUGGAGCAAUUCUGGUACUACCCAAAAGAAAAGAUGCAAAAGAAAUACUGUUUGAUAUAAGUGCUCAAUAACCCUGUACUUUAUAAAAUUUACUGAAAAGUGGAACAAAAUAAAGUAGGUAGAAUGGAAAUUUGUCUAAAUAAUUGUUUUGUUAAAGAUAUAUUAGGCAGUUUAAUUCUUUUGAGCACUGCUUUAUUUUGACCACUUUGCAGAAUCUGUUUUCAGUUUUAUAUUAAGAAAUCUUUUUUAGCCGAUUAUUGUCAAAAUGUCCAAUUUAAAUCUAAUGUAAAUUCAGUGUUGUAUAACAAUAAAAUGUAUAAACCUCCA